GCCAGCAGAAGACACGAGCGCCGCCCAUGAGCGCGAGCGAUACAGUUAAACACUUUAUUUCAACUGGAUCCCGCCACACACCGUUAAUAAUUCACCAACUCGGAAUGAACGCUAACUACUGCUCGUCUGACGGAUGAAAAUAAAUCAGCACAUAUCCGGAUUGUUAUAGCGCAAAAAAAAACAACUAAAUAGCAAACUUCACCCAAAGGGUGUGCUGAUUUGUCUUUUGGAGGGGCAACAGAAGGCUCCCUAAAAUGACCCAAUCGGUGCACAUAACCUCCAAACUGCCAAAUCUGAGUGCCCCUUUUCAUUGCUCUACUGAGGAAGAAACAGAUCAAGGUGGCUCCUAUUCUGUACAGACACCCUACGGAUUCCAGCUGGACCUUGAUUUUCUCAAGUAUGUUGAAGAAAUCGAGAGUGGACACAGCAUUCGUAGAGCUAAUGUGAACCCUCGGAGGGGAUCUCGGGGUGACCGUGGGCACCAGCGGAAUUUGGGUAUUGGGGGUCGGACCAGUGGCUGGACCUCCACUGAAUCCCUUUCCUCAACAACCAGUGAGAAUGGCCAGACUAACCAACCUUUUCUCCAGAGCACAAUUACAUCACCUAGUAAAUCCCAACCACUUUCUCCAUUACCAGUUGUCAGUCCCAGUCAAACUACUUGGUCCAAAGUGCCACCACCACCUCCACCACGCAACCCAAGGGUAGAGAGAACACUUCUUGAAACUAGCCUCCGUCUGCAACAGGAGCAGAGUCAGUUUUCAAAUGGUUUAGGCUCCAAUUUGUCCGACCUUUCCAAAGUGAGUUCCAAAGCCAGUGGAUCUAAUAGGGACUUCUCCGUAGCUUCUACCCAGCUUGCUUCAGAUGCUCACUUGCUACAGAUAUCCCCUGUUGUGCAGACCCCCCUUUCUGGGAUCUGGACCAGAGCAAGUCCUCAGACAUCUGGAAGGAGCACUCCAGCCUCCAACUCAGGAACUUUGCCUCCUGUGCAGCUUCAGACAGUGCGGGAACAGAUGGCCACAGCCCUUCGGCAGCUGAGAGAGAUGGAAGAGAGAGUGAAAGGAGUAGCAGCUCUAGAAAGAGAAGUUGCCAUGCUCCGUGCAGAAAAGGAAAGGUUGGCUCUGGAACUUCGAAAGAAAACAGAAGAACUUGAUUCAACGCUCAAACUACAAGUCUCCACUGAUGCAGUAGUCGAAGCCUUUAAACCAGGAUCCCUACCAUCGCCUUCCCUUUGGAAUAAAAGGCCAGAAAGCAAAAGUGAUGAACAAGAUAACAAGCAAACCAGCUCUCCUGUAGAAAAAAUAUCCAUAGCAGUAGGUAGUGACAUUCCUCUUGAGACUGUGGUAGUCUUCAAUCGUCAAGCACUCAAGGAUGCUGCUGUCGAAACUACUAUUGAUGUUUGUCAUGCAGCUAUUGCGACUGAGGCUACUGUCAUGCAUGAUGAGGGAAUUCAGACUGGAGUGGAUACAGAAGAUGUGGCAGUCUGGGUAACAGAGUCAUUUCUAGGGCUAAAAAGUGAGACAGAACAAGAAAUUGAUACCCUGCAACACACAAUCAAAUUUCAACAAGAGUCAAUCCAGGUUCUUGAGACAAGAUUAACUCAGACUAGCCAAGAUCUUGAAACUUUAAGGGCUCAGGAACUUGAGAGGACGUCCAAGAUUAUGUUGGACAAAGAGACAAUAGCAAAACCAGAGACAGUCAAUACCCAAAUGCAAACAUGUCCUGCUGAAGUUUGUUCAGUCGGAGUGUUGUUUCCAGAUGUGACUGACCCGGAGUACAUUUCAAAAAAUGACCAAAGCAUUCAAACAGAUCCUGUGGAAUCUUCAAAGGAAAAAACUGUGGAGUUAGUAAGCAUUGGUAUCCAGUGGGAAUGUCUCUACGUCACUGAUACACAAGACAGUGAAGAACAGACAACUUCUGCAGAGAUUGCAGGCCCUCUGAAAUCUAUCAUGAAGAGGAAGGAUGGGAGUGGUGCUGGUGCAGCUUCCAGUGGUGGCAAAAAGAGCUUGAAGUUCGUUGGAAUUCUAAAUGGAGGGUAUGAGUCGACCUCUAGUGAAGAAGAUGAAGAAGAGGAUGAAGAGAGUUCCUCUGAUGGAAGUGAGGCUGGUGCAUGUUCAGACAGCAGCGUGGAAGAAGAGGCAGCUCUAGAGGAUACAUCUGAGGAAGAGAUGAAUAUAAAUGUGGAUGAAACUGAUAGUGAUGAAAACAUGCCAGCUGGGACUGAAGAUUUAAAGGAUCAGGCAGACAAAGUGAAGGAAAAGUUUGAACUAAGUGCCAAAAUGCGUGAGGCUUGUCUAAUUGUGAAGAACCACCUUAAUGAUGGAGCCAAAACAGUGAAGAGUAAAGAAGUGUUGUCCAGCACUCAUACCGUUCAGCUGGAGUGGUUCCGAGUUUCCAGUGCAAAGAUGAUCCAGCCAUUACGUGUGUCAAAUUACCUGAUGGCUUUCUCAGAGGUCUCCCCCAUCCUUCUGGAACACAUAGUCAACAUGACCGACGGCAACGGCAACACUGCUUUACACUACAGCGUCUCCCAUUCCAACUUCACUGUUGUGGACUUGCUGCUUGACACAGGCAUGUGCAAUGUUGAUCAGCAGAAUAAAGCCGGAUAUACAGCUGUGAUGCUGGCAGCCCUUUCAGCGGUGAAGGAAGAGGACGACAUGGCAGUCGUCCAGAAACUCUUCCGUCUGGGCAACGUCAAUGCCAAGGCGAGCCAAGCAGGACAGACGGCUUUGAUGCUGGCCGUGAGUCAUGGGCGGCAGGAGAUGGUGCGAGCGCUGCUUGAGUGUGGUGCAAACGUGAACAUCCAAGAUGACGAGGGCUCCACUGCUCUGAUGUGUGCAAGUGAACACGGUCGAGCUGAGAUCGUGUCCUUGCUGCUGGAGCAGCCGGGGUGUGACAUUUCGGUUGUGGACAAUGAUGGCAGUAAUGCUCUCUCCAUUGCCCUGGAGGCAUCCCACAAUGACAUUGCAGUUCUACUGUAUGCCCACAUGAACUACUCUAAAACGCAGGCGGAAGUAUCACCUAAAGCCAGUCCUAGAAAAACAUGGCCCUCAGAGUGACAUACUGUAUGGACACAUUAAGUACAAAAAGGAUAUAAAAAUAAGAUUAACCAGCCAUACUAUAGAAGAUUAAUAAUGUCUAUGUAACAAGUUUGUAUUUAUUCACUGAAUACUUUUUUUAUCCACGUUUUAUGCUCUAUACCGCAACAUUACUAUGUAAAAUAUUAUGUAAACAUUAAUGUACGUAAGAUCAAGAAUUUGACUUACUUUUAAUUUGCAACAGGUGUAUUUACUAUAGUAAAUGUAUUGUUCUACCA